UUUUUCAAUGAUAUAACAACUAUAAAUACGUAGCCGUAUCAUGUCUCAUAGUGUACCAUCACUUCUUUCCCAGCAAGACUUUAGUCGUAACUAUCAACCUUGUUAGAAAUGAAUAUGGCACCAAACAAAGCUGCAUGGCUUCAAAAAGCUGGGACUCCCUUGGAGGUCGGUGAUGCACCUAUGCCGAUUCCUGGACCAAACGAAAUCAUCAUUCAGAACUCCGCAGUCGCCAUCAAUCCAUUAGACAACCACAUGCAAGACGCCGGAGUCUUUGUCCAGCAAUGGCCCACCAUUUUCGGUUGCGAUGUGGCUGGCACAGUGUAUGAAGUUGGAUCGGAAGUGCAACGUUUCAAGAAAGGCGAUCGCGUUAUUGGACACGCAAUCAAUCUAGUCACUGGAAAACCUCAAGAUGGAGCAUUCGCUCUAUAUACAGCUGUCCCGGAAGACAAAGCUGCAAUUCUGCCCGAUGCCAUCCCAUUCACUCAAGGAGUUGUAGUGGCUUUUGCUAUUGAAGCUGCUGUCUGUGCGCUCUUUGUCAAGCAGGCCGGGACCGCAAUGCCUGGCGUAUCUACCCCUGCUCUCGGUCUGCCGUAUCCGUCAUUGCGGUCAGUGUCAUCAAAUAAAACACUCAUCGUAUACGGUGGUUCUUCCUCUGUUGGUUCGACGACUACGCAACUAGCCACGGCGGCAGGAAUCAAAGUAAUCUCCAUUGCGAGUGAGCGCAACUUUGACCUUUGCAAGGAUUGCGGAGCGACUGAAGUGUUCGAUUACCAUGUCCCUACGUUUGUUGAGAAAGUUAUCGCAGCAGCUUCAGACCCUGAGAGAGAAUUUGUGGGCAUCUUUGAUGCUAUUUCCACUCAGGAGACCUAUGCGAACGACCUUGUCAUUCUGAAUAGACUGGGAGGAGUCCAUCUAGCGUGUGUGCAUCCUCCACCUGAGAAUGUUCCGGACAGCAUCAAAGCGGGCAUGAUCUUUGCGGUUAAUGACGUUGCUACUCCUGUUUGGACAGAGUACGUGACCCCAGCAUUGGAGACGGGAAAGCUCAAAUGCCUUCCACAUCCCACUGUCGUCGGAAAGGGCUUGGAGUCCAUCGACGAGGCGCUUCACAAGUGCAAAGCGGGCGUUAGCGCAACCAAGUUGGUGGUGGAACUUUGAAUGUUCAUUAUCGUACGGACCGAAGCCAUAGGUAGAUAUCUUAAUCAAAGUUAGAGAAAGCAUCCCGACAUAUAUACUGUGUAAACAAUGUCGUCUC